GUACUGUUUUGUGGUUAUUGCUCACCAAAGCUCCAAGCCAGACAUUGCCGUUAUUGACAUCGACUUAUCACUGCGAAUAAAACAUUAUAUAUUUAUACUUGUACAUCGAAAAUAGACUGAUUGAUAUUGCAAGUUUUUCAAGCAAAAUUAAACGAUAAUGACUGCUGUAGAUAGAAACGACAUUUACUCUGGUUACCAUGAUUUUUCAAACACGUACUCGACGGCCGACUUGGAUCAAGAAGAAUUUUUCCGGGAAGUUCUCAAAACUGGUUAUGGAGCUCGGCCAAUCGCAACACCUAAAUACCCUGGAACAGGAAUGCGCCUGGGGACAUCGUCCGGGUUCCACAGGGGAAGCACAGCUUCGGGAAGACCCGGCACAGGUGCCCUUAGGCCCAUGACGGCGGUCAGAGGCGCCGGAUACACCAGUGCGUCUCGCCAAGCAUUCGAUCCUCUGAACAUGAGCAGCGCUUUGCGAAAUUUUCCUCUGGAAGCCGAAAAAGAGGAUACGCCGGAAGAAAAAAUUAAGCAAGCCGAGAGGCGCAUAAUGACGCUCAUAGAAGAAUCGGCAAAGGCCGCUUGCGAGAAGAACAUGAAAGUAGCCCUGGAAAGGGCGAGAGAAGCGUCGUCGAGAGAACGAGCUCUUAUCAGACUCCAGGAACAAGCCGGCUUGAGCGACAGCCACAACAUCGACUUAACGUUUGCCGUGAUUUUCAAUUUAGCCUGUCAAUAUUCGAACAACGAGCUGUACACAGAGGCGAUAGCGACGUAUCAAGCCAUUACCAGGAAUCGAAACUUCACCAACAGUGCCCGACUGAAAAUGAACAUAGGCAAUAUUUACGUGAAAAUGGGACAGCUGUCGCAGGCCAUAAAGAUGUACCAAAUGGCCCUGGAUCAGACCACCACUGCCCAAAAGUAUCUGAGGAUAAAAAUCAUGCACAACAUCGGCAUGCUGUUCGUGCAAAUGGGCCGGCUGGAGGAGGCAGCGAACAGCUUCGAAUGGGUGAUGAGAGAAAAACCGGACCUCAAAGCCGGGAUGCACGCGAUUCUGUGCCAUUUUGCCCUCUCGCACGAGGAUAAAAUGAAAAAGGCUUUCCUCGAGCUGCUCGACGUUCCGCUUUACAUCGACCACGACGAUAAAUACAGCAUCAAUACCGACGACAUAGCUGCCAACAUACUGAACGAGACGGUGAAAAACGACGACCUGUCGAAACUGGAGCGCGAGUUGAAAUCGAACGCCGAGAAGACGAUACUCAACGCGGCGAAUCUCAUAGCACCCGUUAUCGAAGAGACGCUCGCCGGAGGAUUCGCUUGGUGCGUCGACGCAAUAAAGUCAUCGGCCUACAGUCCACUGGCGGCAAAUUUGGAAAUCAACAAAGCCAUGGUUUUUCUCCACAAUCGCGAGGUGCGAAUGGCGAUCGAUUCCCUCAAGGUUUUCGAGAACCAGGACACCAAGAUCAACAGCUCGGCCUCCACCGUGCUCUCCUUCAUUCAUUUUCUCAGAGGAGAGUACGACCAAGCAGAAAAGUACAGCGAAGCGGCAAAAAACGCGGACAGCCGCAACGCCGCGGCUUACGUGAAUCUGUCGGCUUGCGCUAUUAUGAAGAACGAGCUGGAUAACGCCAAGGAGUACUUGGCGUCUGCGUUGGAGAACGACGCUGCUCAUGUCCAAGCUCUCUAUAAUCUAGGAUUGCUGUACAAGAAGAAAAACAUGCUCGACGAAGCUUUGGAGUAUUUUUUGAAACUCACCAAUAUCGUUCGAUACGAUCCUUUGACUUUGUAUCAAAUAGGUCAUAUUUAUCAACUUAGCAACGAUGUUGAACAAGCAGCUGACUGGUACAAUCAGCUUCUUGGUAUAAUACCAUCGGAUCCAGGAGUCUUGCAAAAACUGGGUGAAAUGUUUGACAGCAUGGGAGACAAACAGCAGGCGUAUCAAUAUUACAGUGAUUCAUACAGGUUUUACCCAGCCAAUUUCGAUGUGAUAGACUGGCUUGGUUCUUAUUUUGCUCAGCAAUCAGGGUUGCCAGAAAAAGCCUUGACCUACUUCCAAGAGGCAGUAGUGUUAGCUCCUGAAGAGCCCAAGUGGAGAUUAUGUGUGGCAUCAUGCUUGAGGAAAACCGGUCAAUUCCACAAGGCACUUGCCGAAUAUCAAGAUAUAAAUCGUAGAUUCCCAGACAAUAUUGAAUGCUUGAAAUUUUUGGUAAGACUUUCCAACGAUUUGGGACUCAAAGAGGCUCAAACAUAUGCCAUCGAACUGCGCAGAGCUGAAAAAGCCAAGGAAACCAAGGAAAGGCAUGGAUCUGGAAGACCAGGUUCAAGACGAAGCAACAGUGGUACAUCAUCCAGGGGAGGUUCGGGUAUGAGCACUCUUUCAGAACAGAGAGCAAGUCCUACUUUACACAAUGGUGACAUUGUUCGGUCAAAUCAUCGUAUUCGGAGAGCGGAUUCAUCAGAGUUUAAUUUGGACUCUAGUUCACAUGAUUUAAACUAUGCAGAUCCAGUUGGUCCCUUACCAACUCGACCAAUGACAGCUGCUGGAAAGAGAGAUGAUGACUUUGGCGAUGAAGAAUUAGGAGAAGAUCUUUUACCAGAAUAAACAUAUUUAUUAACAAUAAUCAGUCAAGAAAAAUUUGUACAACGAUUUCUUAGUCAAUGUAGAUAUUUUAUAAUACAUUUUCUUAAUUUUAAUAUGAAACGUGUUAUAUACAAGUAAUUUAUUGCACAUUUUUAUUAUAAAGUGUGAACUUAACUGUGAUAUGUACACUGAAUGUCAAUGAAUACAAUAUAAUGGAAAAAAAACAUGAAAACGAUCUUUGUGUCGGGCAAUUCUUGAAUAUCCUAAAACCAGAAUGCAACCUGAAGAUAUUGUUAGGGGUAAACAUUCAUUCAUCUGCAUCAAAUCAAAUUAAUAAUUAUGAUUUAUAUUUUUCCCUAUAUUUGAAAAAAAUCAUGCAAUAUAAUGUAUGUGCAGUCUCAAACUUUGAAAAAUUCUU